UGCUGCUGGCUUUCGUGCUGGCGCUCCGCCAGCUCCUGAGGCAGAGGCGGCCAGCGGGCUUCCCCCCGGGGCCACCGCGGCUGCCGUUCCUCGGCAACAUCUGCUCCCUGGCUUUGUCGGCCGAGCUGCCCCACGUCUACAUGAGGAGGCAGAGCCGGGCGUACGGCGAGAUUUUCAGUUUAGAUCUUGGAGGCAUAUCAGCUGUGGUUCUAAAUGGUUAUGAUGUUGUGAAAGAGUGCCUUGUUCAUCAAAGUGAAAUUUUUGCAGACAGACCAUGCCUUCCUUUGUUCAUGAAGAUGACAAAAAUGGGAGGCUUACUCAAUUCCAGAUAUGGCCGAGGAUGGAUUGAGCACAGAAGAUUGGCUGUUAACAGCUUUCACUGUUUUGGAAGUGGCCAAAAAUCUUUUGAGUCUAAAAUCUUAGAAGAAACUCGGUUUUUAAUUGAUGCUAUUGAAACAUACAAAGGACAAGUUCAUAAAGAGAUUGAUUUAAUUAUGGGCGCCAAUAGGGGGCCUUCCUGGGAAGACAAGUGUAAAAUGCCUUACACUGAAGCAGUUUUGCAUGAAGUUUUAAGAUUCUGUAAUAUAGUUCCACUGGGGAUUUUCCAUGCCACCUCUGAAGAUACAGUUGUACGUGGUUAUUCCAUUCCUAAAGGCACAACAGUCAUUACAAAUCUUUAUUCUGUUCACUUUGAUGAAAAGUACUGGAAAGAUCCAGACAUGUUCUGUCCUGAGCGAUUUCUGGACAGCAGUGGAUAUUUUACCAGGAAGGAAGCUUUGAUUCCUUUUUCUCUGGGGAGAAGACAUUGUCUUGGUGAGCAGCUGGCUCGGAUGGAAAUGUUCCUGUUCUUUGCAUCCCUGCUUCAGCAAUUUCAUGUGCACUUUCCACGUGAACUAAUUCCAAACCUGAAACCAAGGCUGGGCAUGACACUGCAACCUCAGUCCUACCUCAUCUGUGCAGAAAGACGCUGAAAGUGCACAAAUGUAUUUGAGACAACGUUGUUGAAUCAAUAAUGGUGUUUGGGCCAAAGCCACACUUUUAUAAAGACAAGUGAACACAGAUAUAUUGUUUAAAAUAGUGCUAGAGCAAUAACAAGCAUUGGGUGUUAUUUUUAAUAGCUCCCAUGAAUUCUUACUGUAG